CAAGGGCAUCCCGUACGCCUCGCCGCCCGUGGGGACGCUGCGCUUCAUGCCGCCGGUCACCAGUGCGCUGUGGUCGGGGAUUAGGAAGGCGGAUAAAUUUGGUCCAGUGUGUCCACAGAGAUUGCCCGAUAUUAAAAAUGAAACAGCAGCGCUGGAGAGGAUGUCGAAGGGGCGGCUGGAGUAUCUCAAGAGACUCUUUCAGCAUUUGCAAAAUCAAUCAGAGGAUUGUCUCUACCUGAACAUUUAUGCUCCCAUUCUGACGUCCAACACGAAGCUCGCUGACAAGGGACCAAUGAAGUAUCCAGUGAUGGUUUUUGUGCACGGCGAGUCGUAUGAAUGGAACAGCGGGAACCCGUACGAGGGGGCGGUGCUGGCCAGCUUCGGGCAGAUCCUCGUUGUCACCAUCAAUUACCGCCUGGGCAUCCUGGGCUUCCUCAACGCCAACACCAAUCGAUACCUCAAGUCGCCCGCCAACUACGGCCUCAUGGACAUCAUCGCCGCGCUGCACUGGAUCCAGGAGAACAUCUCGUCCUUCGGCGGCGAUCCUGGCAGCGUCACGCUCGCCGGCCACGGCACGGGCGCCGCGUGCGUGCACUUCCUCAUCUCCUCCAGCGCCGUACCCGAAGGUCUGCUGUUCCACCGCGCCAUCCUCAUGUCGGGCUCUGGCCUGGCGCCGUGGUCGCUGGUCGGCGACCCGGCGCGCCAGGCGGCCAUCGUCUCGCACCACGUCAAGUGCUCGCCGGACUUGCCGCACGGGCUGCUCAUGAAGUGUCUGCGCGAGAAGCCGCUGGCCGAGCUCCUGGCCACGCCGGUGCGCUCGUCCUACUUCAGCAACUCCUUCGGGCCCACCGUCGACGGGGUGGUCAUAGACAGCGGCGACUCGGCAUCGGGCGAAUCCGGCCAGGAGGACUUCAAAGGUGAAAAUUCGCAGGUGAAAUUGACACAGCAUCCCAGGAAUACGCUGUCCAUUAUAAAUUCUGUGCUCCUGCACAAACAAGCAAUCAGCAAAUUGACAAGAUAUGAUCUGAUGACGGGCGUGACGCGCGCCGAGUCGUACUUCUCCUUCAACUCGGAGGACGUUCAGUAUGGCAUCGAGGCGGACAGACGGUCGAAGAUCCUGCGGACGUACGUGAAGAACACGUACAGCUUCCACCUGAACGAGAUCCUGGCCACCAUCGUGAAUGAGUACACGGACUGGGAGCGGCCGGUGCAGCAUCCCAUCAACAUCCGGGACGAGACGAUGGAGGCGCUGAGCGACGCCCAGAUUGUGGCGCCAAUCUCGCAAACGGCCAACAUCCACUCGGCCGAUCAUCGCAACUCCUUCCUCUACGUCUUCGAGUACCAGAGCAAGUUUGGGGAUUACCCGCAGAGACAGGGAUGUAUCCAUGGUGAGGACCUGCCAUAUGUCUUCGGUGCGCCACUUGUGGGCGGCUUCAGUCACUUCCCGAGAAACUACACGAAAGCCGAAAUCGCACUCUCCGAGGCUGUCAUGCUCUACUGGACAAAUUUCAUAAGAACCGGAAAUCCCAAUGAGCAGCAAGAUUUAUUUGAUGGCAAGCAAGAGAAGCUCCGAAUAAAGAACAUCGAGUGGUUCCCAUAUGAUACAGUUCACAAGAAAUUCCUCAAUUUAGAUUUGAAACCGAAGCUGAAGAAUCACUAUCGCGCUCAUCGUCUGUCGUUCUGGCUCAAUCUCGUGCCGGAUCUGCACAAGCCGGGCAGUGGCAAUGUGCCGGCGGCACACCAUCAGCUCGAGGACGAUGACUGGGACGCGGCGGCAGAGGCUGAGGCCACAAUUAAGCCGCUGAGUCCGCCGCAAGAGCGCGGCCCGAUGAACUACUCCAUCUUCACCACGCAAGUGUUCUCGCUGUUCAACCUGAGCGCGGCGCCGGCCAACGGCAAGAUGGUGCGCGCCAACAAGGCCACGGCCGCCGAGACCGCCGACGCCGCCGAGGACGCGCAGCAGGGCACGGCGGCGCCGCAGGAGGACGGCUUCGCGGCCUACAGCACCGCGCUCAGCGUCACCAUCGCCAUCGGCUGCAGCCUGCUCAUCCUCAACGUGCUCAUCUUCGCCGGCGUCUACUAUCAGCGUGACAAGACGCGCUCGCAGGCGGGCGGCGGAGGAUACAAGAAGCGGUCGGAGAACGGGAAGGUGCCGAACAACAUCUGCGGCGACCUGGACGGCACGACGAUUCACCUGAAGAGCGACCCCACGGCCAUCCUCACGCACCACCACGUGAUGCAGCACCAGCUGCCGCCGCUGGACUGCAUCGACGGCAGCCAGCGCGCGCCGCCGCCGCCCAAGUAUCUCAAGUCCUUCCCGGAGAACGCCAUGCUGGCGCCCAACACGCUGCAGCUGCUGGGCCGCAACCUCAACGCCUGCGACGCCGCCGUGACCGUGAAGUCCAGCCUCAAGCAGACCAACAGCGACGCGGCGCAGGUGGACGAGCUGCGCGUGUGACGGCAGACCAACUCGGAGACGCUGCCGCGCGUGAAGAAGAACCUGCAGCCCACGAUCUUCCACCCCAUGUGCUGAACGGGCGGCGCGCGCGCGCUCGCGAUCUUCUCCGCCGGCGCCAGCCACACUAUAUUUACGCGGACGCCCGCCGCAUUGUAAACUCCAAAUGGUGAGAGAGAUGCUGGAAAAGCGCACAUUCGCUGCUUGGGGUGGAAAAUUGCAAAAAUGAUGGACUGAAAAGCGAAAUUAAAACAUUGUAAUGAUGUUUUUAUUCUUUCUCUCUCUCUAUGAAAAAGUGGUUAUUAAACUUUUUCCGUUGCACGAAGAGGAAAAAAAAAUAAGUGGAGAUAAUGUUUCAAGGGAGAGAGAGAGAGAGAGAAGAGUUGUUCUUGACAUAACAACAUAAAUAUAUCAGCCUAUGUAUGUGAUAUUAAUUUAAUAUUAUUGCAGAAGAGACGGAAAGAAAAGACACUGAAUUGGGGUGUUACUUGAGUAGGUCGAAGGAGAAAAUAA